AUGUUUGGGACCAAUAAGUCCUUGCUGAAUACCUCUUCGCUGUGGCUUUCCUCCACCAACCCGGAUAACAGAUUGCCAUCUCUUAGCAAAUCGACGAUGAUUAAGGAUGUAUGGGCUGACAACCUUGAGAAGGAGUUCGCGGUUAUUCGUUCACUCAUUAAAGAUUACCCUUUUGUUUCCAUGGAUACAGAAUUUCCAGGUGUAGUAGCAAAGCCCGUAGGUAGUUUUAAAACGACACACGAGUUUUACUACCAGACUCUGCGAUGCAACGUGAACUUGCUUAAAAUAAUCCAGCUAGGCAUAACACUUCUCAACAGCAAGGGUGAAGUACCCGAGCACUGCUCUACAUGGCAGUUUAAUUUUCGCUUCAGCCUUAAUGAAGACGUUUACGCACAGGAUAGCAUAGAGCUCCUGCGGCAAGGUGGCAUCAAUUUCGAUCACUUCACCGCGUACGGCAUUGAGGUGACGCACUUCGCUGAGCUUUUGAUAUCUAGUGGCCUGAUCCUUAACCCGGAUAUACGCUGGAUUGCUUUCCAUGCGGUCUACGAUUUCGGCUACUUGACCAAGAUUGUGUGCAACAAGGAUCUUCCUGAGAAGGAGGAGGAUUUUCUCCAAAUUUUCCACGCACUAUUCCCAAGCGUGUUUGACAUUAAGUAUCUUCUUCGUUCCAUGGAACUAUCUCACUCAAUCGGCCUUGAUUCGCUGGCUGAGACGUUGAAAUUACGCCGCUUUGGGACCGCUCACCAGGCUGGGAGUGAUUGUCUACUGACAGGGCAUUGUUAUUUUAAGAUCUUGCGGGAUAAUCUCGGCGGCAUUACCCCUGUCUCCAGCAAUGGCAUCCUCUACGGCCUCAGCGAGGAUGUCAUGUCGUCUGCCACGCCCAGCAGCGCCCAGGCGGUUGCGCAAGUCAAUCAUAGUGAAAGUGGUCCACAGGGGUACAGCAGCCCUAUGAUGGGUUAUGGUGGCACAAACCCAACGUUCCCAUCUACACCCUUGCAUGCCAAUAGCUUUAAAUAG